UGAGGACGCUGUUUAUAAUGAUGAAGAUGAACGCUCAAUUCGCAUAAGGGAGUUGUCAACCGUUGGGGAGGUUCAGUUCCAGUAGUAGUAGGAAAAUCUCCCCUCUCUCAAUCCAUCGGAAAAUGGCAAACAAAGCGAGCCCUCCAAACCUCCACAAAUCCGUUGCCAUUUCCAAAGGAUACAACUUCGCUUCUACUUGGGAGCAGAAUGCUCCUCUCUUGGAGAAACAGCAAGCAGCAAUCGUCGCAUUGUCUCAUGCCGUCGCCGAGCGACCAUAUCCUUCCAAUUUGGCCCAAGAUCAUAUCUCUAGGCAGGACAAUGGGGGCUUGGCUGUUUCCACUGAGGAUAGCGCUUUUGGAGAUUCUCAAGCCAUAGAUGCAGUUUUAGUUAAUACGAAUCAGUUCUACAAAUGGUUUACAGAUCUUGAAUCAGCCUUGAAAUCAGAGACAGAGGAGAAGUAUCAGCACUAUGUUAACACUUUGACAGAGCGCAUACAGACAUGUGAUGAUAUACUUCUUCAGGUGGAUGAAACUCUGGAUUUAUUUAAUGGACUUCAGUUGCAACACCAAGCAGUAGCUACAAAGACUAAGACUCUUCAUGAUGCCUGUGACCGACUGUUGGUAGAGAAGCAAAGACUGAUUGAGUUUGCAGAAGCACUUCGCAGUAAGCUCCACUACUUUGAUGAAUUGGAGAAUAUUGCUACCAAUUUUUAUUCUGCAAAAGUGAAUGUUGGAAGUGAGAACUUUCUUCCACUGCUCAAACGGCUUGAUGAGUGCAUAUCAUAUGUUGAAAGCAAUCCACAAUAUGCAGAAUCUAGUAUUUAUUUGCUUAAAUUUCGGCAACUCCAGUCUCGAGCCCUUGGUAUGAUUCGUUCUCAUGUACUUUCUGGUCUGAAAGGCGCUUCUUCGCAGGUCCAGGCGGCAAUCCGGAGCACUGGUGGCAGCAAGACAUCUGUUUCUGAGGGUGUAGAGGCAUCUGUUAUCUAUGUCCGAUUCAAGGCAGCUGCAAAUGAGCUGAAGCCCAUAUUGGAGGAAAUUGAAGGCAGAUCAUCUAAAAAAGAGUAUGCUCAAGUUCUUGAAGAAUGCCACAAAUUGUACUGUGAACAGCGGCUUUCUUUGGUAAAAGGCAUUGUACUUCAACGAAUAUCUGAGUUUGCCAAGAAAGAGGCCUUGCCAUCAUUGACUAGAUCUGGAUGUGCAUAUCUAAUGCAGGUUUGUCAGCUUGAGCACCAACUCUUUGAUCACUUUUUCCCAUCUUCCUCAGAGGAUGUUUCUGGUUUGGCUCCAUUGGUUGAUCCUCUGUCUACUUUCUUGUAUGAUACAUUGCGUCCAAAACUUAUUCAUGAAAUCAAUGUUGAUCUUCUUUGUGAACUUGUUGACAUACUUAAAGUUGAAGUCUUGGGAGAACAGCUUAGCAGACGGAGUGAGUCAUUGGCUGGGCUACGUCCUACAUUGGAAAGAAUUUUGGCGGAUAUUCAUGAACGGCUGACUUUCCGAGCUCGAACGCAUAUUCAUGAUGAGAUAGCUAAUUACGUUCCUUCUGAUAAAGACUUGGAUUAUCCUGCAAAGCUUGAGCAAUCUGUUGAGAUGAAAUCAGAAACUAAUUCUGUUGAAGAAACUCCAGAUGUAUUUAAAACUUGGUACCCACCCCUGGAGAAAACUCUAUCAUGCCUUUCAAAGUUGUAUCGUUGUCUAGAACCAUCUGUUUUCACUGGUUUAGCACAGGAAGCAGUAGAAGUUUGCUCCCUUUCUAUCCAAAAAGCAAGCAAACUCAUUGCAAAGAGAACAACGGCAAUGGAUGGGCAGCUCUUCCUUAUCAAACAUCUUCUAAUCUUGAGGGAGCAGAUUGCACCAUUUGAUAUAGAAUUUUUAGUCACAUACAAGGAACUUGACUUCUCUCAUUUGUUGGAACACUUAAGACGGAUACUUAGAGGUCAGGCUUCUCUGUUUGACUGGUCGAGAUCAACUUCACUAGCAAGAACUUUGUCUCCCCGAGUUCUAGAAAGUCAAGUAGAUGCCAAGAAGGAACUGGAGAAAAGCCUAAAAGCAACUUGUGAGGAGUUCAUCAUGUCGGUCACUAAGCUGGUUGUGGAUCCGAUGCUUUCAUUUGUUACCAAGGUUACUGCUGUAAAAGUUGCACUGUCUUCUGGUAAUCAGAAUCAGAAAGUAGACUCAAUUAUGGCCAAACCACUUAAGGAUCAAGCAUUUGCUACUCCAGAUAAGGUGGCUGAACUUGUUCAGAAGUUAACCUUUAUACUGCAACGAAAAAACUAUACAUGUGAGAUUAAAGGGGAUGAAAGUGAGAACAAAAAUGAAAUCUCAGAUUCAUUAACUCCACAAAAAAGUACGUUGUCAAGGACUGCCCUAGGGAAAGCUUUUGGAAGCAGCAAUUGGUCAACCGACUAAGGAAGCCUGUUAUGCCUAUUGCUGUGGGCCCAACUUAUCUACCGACUCAUUGGAGUAUUCAGCAAUUUAAAGUGUCUUCCUCAAACAACUGCUCCAGACCAACAAGAACAUGUAAAAUGACAAUGUUUCAGCUUUUUUAAGAUGGAAUUUUACCUUAUUUAGAGCACAAUCCAAGUGACAAACAUGAACAGCUCCAUUCUCAUUGGAUGCUCUUUUGCUCAUCAUUUCAGGCUCCCUAUAGCCUGUCGGCUGAGAAGCAUAAACAAGUCUGUUUAAUAAAGAAUUUUACUAAAUUUGUGGUGCAA